AUGACCGCACCCGCAAAGAAGGAAGAACCGACUCAGAUUGGCGGAGCGGACCUCAAACGCUUCGUGGUGCAUUCAGCAUUGCUAAGCUUGAUCGACCCUGUUCGAGGGGAACCGACGAGAACCUCACUCGACGAGAACCCCGACGGCGAUAUUUUGGGCGGGCAGCAGCUCAAGCAAAAAUUCCUCGACUCAUUCGCUCUCAUCUGUUCAACGUCAAGAUCGGGCGCGGAAACAGCCUCGGCUGUCUGCUUAGAACAACAUGCCCCAGCUGGAGCCAUCCUGCGCGUGGCCCGCAACCGCGGCUUGACGCCGGAGGACCUGACUGGCCUUGAAGGAGUGUUGCAAAUACUUCGAGUAGUUGCUAGAAAGGCGGGCGAUAUAGAAAAGUCGUCGACGCAAGCCGAGUGCGAGAUUCUCCGCCUGGUUGUCGAAUUAGACAGAGAUCGGAUCUUGUCAAUUGCCGAGUGGGUUGAGAAGCGCAGGAUUCAAGACGUUCUACGAGUGGCGCACUCUAGACUUCUCGCCGGUCAGGUGAAGCCAGAGACAUGGGCAAAACCCGAGUUCAGACUUUGGCUGGAGAGUUGCCCUUUCACGGCCGCAUCUCUCAAGACCUGGAGUCCCGCGACUUUGGCCAAGCUUAUCGACUGGGCGUCGCAAGCCAGGUGGCGCUAUUCUGAGCAGUUGCAAAGUUUGCUUGGACUUGAUCGUACUCAAAAGCCGCCCUGGCUGGACAGACUGCACAAGAUCGCUCGCUAUCACUCCGCGAUCAAGUACAUGGUGAGGCUUGCUGCGAAGCAGCCCGAGGUCUUCGCGUGUAUUCACAUCCGAGAGGUCGAGGCUCCCAGUUCGCGUUCCUUCUCUCUCCUGAACGAGAAAGCUCCCGUUCUAGCAGCUGUCAAGAACCUUGUCAAGGAAGAUUCAGGGACGACAAUGCAGCAGUUGGAAAAGCACUUGAGCACGCAGGAUGUUGAAGCGAAGCUGCGUAAGGCAUGCCGCUUGGAAUUGACGCUCCACGCCGAAAUGCAAAUCAUUGUGUUUUACGAAGGUAAUCCUAGCUUGGUUCCCCGGAUGCCGUUCAUCGGGACGAGCAAGAAGGCCUGCUUUCUCUGCCACGAGUAUCUGCUCCGGCAUCCACUCGGACUCCAGGUUUCGGCUUGUCACCAGAAAAUUUACCCGUCAUGGAUGCCACCACCGUACUACCCAAUUUCCGGACGAUUCAAAAGCACCCCAUUUGUGAAACUCAGCAAACACAUUGAGCAGUUGACAAAGCGGGAGCUCAAGACCGCGCUUACUGCUCCCCGGCGGCCGAAGAAUCUAGAUUCAACUGCCGGCCCCUCCUUGACAAUAACGGCAACCACAUCGAUAGGACUGGGAUCACGACAGGCGGCGAAAGUACAAUUUACCCCCGAAGACGACAGCCUGUCAAGGGAUUUGGAGUGA